UUCAUUCUUGUUCUUCAUCCUUCAUUUAUACCGUUUUAUAUUUCCACAGAUUUUCUCUCCUCUGUCAACUUUUAGUAUAAAUUAAAAUCACUAAUUAGGGUUCUUCUGUACCCUUUCUAUUUCUAUUUCUAUUUCAUAACCCUCAAAAACCCUAAUUUUUUUUUAUCACACAUUAUAUUAAGAUCUCUAUCAAUUCAAAUCAAAGAGGUAAGCUUUCUCAAAACCCGUUAAACCCAAUAACCAGAAUCAAUUAGAAAAACAAAACCCAGAUAAGGGUUUUAUGGAGCUAGAAUUUUAAGUAAUCCUGAAGGUUUAAAUAUUUAAAUUUUAUUGAGUUUCAAUUGGUAAAAUAGUAAUAAAAUAAUGGAUGAUCUUGAGAAAGCAAUACUAAUAAGUUUUGAUGAAUCGGGUAGUAUAGAUUCAUCACUGAAAUCGCAGGCCGUGUCGUAUUGUCAGCAAGUUAAAGAUAAUCAGUCAAUAUGCAGGAUUUGUGUUGAGAAAUUGUGUUUUUGCAAGCUUGCUCAAGUUCAGUUUUGGUGUUUGCAGACUUUACAUGAUGUAAUUAAGGUCAAGUAUGGUUUGUUAAGCUUGGAAGAGAAGGAUUUCAUUAGAAAAUCAGUGUUUUCUUUGUGUUGCUUUGAUGUCAUUGAUGAUAAUAGCAAUGCUGGUAGGUUUUUAGAAUGCCCUGCUUUUAUAAAGAACAAGCUUGCUCAGGUUUUCGUUACUUUGAUUUAUUUUGAGUACCCAUCAAUUUGGUCUUCGGUGUUUGUUGAUUUUUUUCCGCAUUUGAAUAAAGGAGCUAUAGUUAUUGAUAUGUUUUGUCGGGUUCUGAAUGCGCUUGACGAUGAGUUGAUUAGUUUAGAUUAUCCUAGGACACAGGAGGAGUUGACGGUGGCUGGGCGGGUUAAGGAUGCUAUGCGGGAGCAAUGUAUAAGCCAGAUAGUGAGAGCAUGGUACGACAUUAUAAUUAUGUAUAAGAAUUCUGAUCCGGAGGUUUGUUCUAACAUGUUAGAUUCGAUGAGGAGGUAUAUUUCUUGGAUUGAUAUCGGUUUGAUUGUGAAUGAUGCUUUUAUUCCCUUGUUGUUUGAGUUGAUAUUGGUUGAUGGGGAAUCGGAGCAGCUUCAGGGUUCAGCUGCUGGGUGUGUUUUGGCAGUGGUUUCUAAGAGGAUGGAUCCACAGUCAAAGUUAACAAUAUUGAGGAGCCUUCAGAUUCGUAGGGUCUUUUCCUUGGUAACAGGCGAUUGUGACUCAGAGCUAGUCUCAAAAAUUGCUGCAUUGAUCACUGGGUAUGCUGUAGAGGUUUUAGAUUGCUAUAAACGGGUUGGUCCGGGAGAUGCUAAGGGGGUUUCACUAGAGCUUUUGAAUGAAGUUUUGCCCUCAGUGUUUUAUGUAAUGCAGAAUUGUGAGGUGGACACAACAUUUAGCAUUGUACAGUUCCUUUCAGGUUAUGUUGCAACUAUGAAGAGCCUUUCCUCAUUGAGAGAGCAACAACCACAUUAUUUGGGUCAGAUUUUAGAAGUCAUUUGUACACAAAUUCAAUAUGAUCCAAUGUACCGGGAUAAUCUUAAUAUGUUGGAUAAGAUUGGAAGGGAAGAGGAAGAUAGGAUGGUUGAAUUUAGAAAGGACUUAUUUGUGUUGCUGCGCAGUGUGGGCCGUGUGGCACCUGAGGUUACUCAGGUAUUUAUCAGAAAUUCUUUAGCUAAUGCUGUCGCAUCAUCAUCAGAAAGAAAUGUUGAAGAGGUGGAAGCUGCAGUUUCUCUGUUGUAUGCACUCGGAGAAUCAUUAAAUGAUGAAGCAAUGAGAACUGGAAGUGGAUUGUUGGGUGAAUUAGUGCCAAUGCUCCUUUCGACAAGAUUUCCUUGUCAUUCCAAUAGGUUAGUUGCCUUGGUGUAUUUGGAUACAAUGACUAGAUACAUGAAAUUUGUUCAGGAGAAUACACAAUAUAUCCCCAUGGUUCUUACGGCCUUUCUAGAUGAGAGAGGAAUACACCACCCAAACAUCCAUGUGAGUCGUAGAGCAAGUUAUUUGUUCAUGAGGGUUGUGAAAUUGCUGAAAGCAAAGCUGGUUCCUUUCAUAGAAACAAUUUUGCAGAGCCUCCAAGAUACUGUUGCUCGUUUUACAAGUAUGGAUUAUACCUCACAUGAACUUUCUGGAACUGAAGAUGGCAGCCACAUUUUUGAGGCAAUUGGUUUGUUGAUUGGCAUGGAAGAUAUACCACCAGAGAAACAAGCUGAUUAUCUGUCUUCGUUGCUUACCCCUCUUUGUCGCCAGGUUGAGAAUUCGCUCAUGAAUGCCAAAGUGCUAAAUUCAGACGAGACUCCAGAGAAAAUUUUCAAUAUUCAGCAAAUAAUCAUGGCAAUUAAUGCACUCAGCAAGGGAUUCAGCGAGCGUCUUGUAACUGCCAGUCGUCCUGCAAUAGGCCUCAUGUUUAAGAAGACAUUAGAUAUCCUUCUACAAAUUCUUGUUGUAUUUCCAAAGAUUGAGCCUUUGCGGAAUAAGGUCACAUCCUUCAUUCAUAGGAUGGUGGAUACUUUAGGAGCAUCUGUAUUUCCAUACCUCCCGAAAGCAUUGGAGCAAUUACUUGCUGAAUGUGAGCCAAAAGAAAUGGUUGGUUUUCUGGUACUACUUAAUCAACUUAUUUGCAAAUUCAACACCUCAGUGCAUGACAUUGUGGAGGAAGUUUUCCCAGCCAUUGCUAGCAGGAUUUUUAGUAUUAUACCAAAGGAUGCAUUUCCUUCAGGACCUGGAACCAACACUGAGGAAAUUCGCGAGUUACAAGAACUUCAGAAAACAAUGUACACAUUUCUUCAUGUCAUAGCCACGCAUGAUCUAUCCUCAGUUUUCCUUUCACCCAAAAGCAGGGGCUAUUUUGACUCACUGAUGCAGUUGCUCCUCUAUACAGCCUGCAAUCACAAAGAUAUUACUGUAAGAAAGGCAUGUGUGCAGAUAUUCAUUAGAUUAAUCAAAGAUUGGAGCGUCAAACCCAAUGGCGAAGAAAAGGUGCCCGGUUUCCAGAGCUUUAUGAUUGAUACCUUUGCAACAAACUGCUGUUUAUAUAGUGUGCUUGACAAGUCCUUUGAGUUCCAAGAUGCAAAUACACUGGUUUUGUUUGGAGAAAUCGUACAGGCACAGAAAGUCAUGUAUGAGAAGUUCGGUAAUGAUUUCCUUGUUCAUUUUGUAUCCAAAGGUUUUCCAUCCGCUCGUUGCCCUCAGGAUUUGGCACAGCAAUACUGCCAGAAGUUGCAGGGAAGUGAUUUUAAGGCAUUAAAAUCAUUCUACCAGUCUCUCAUUGAAAAUUUAAGGCUCCAGCAGAAUGGAAAUCUUGUUUUCAGAUAGCACCCCUAAAGACAGAUAAAUUUGAUUUAUUUAUUUUAAAGGGGUAAUCCGGUCCAGUCGAGCAAAGGAUUUCUCAUUGUGAAUAGCAAGUUUUUUGUUUUCUUUUUAUGGACGAAGAGUUGUAUAUUUUCGGCAACAGAGUUCUUAAGCAGCAAUUUUCCUUUCAUCGGUUCUUUGAGAAGCAGAGAGAUUGUGUUUCUUCUUGUUGGUGGGUGUAUUUAAUCAAAUUUCAAGAAUGUAGCUAUUUUUAGGCUACUUGAAGAAAAUGUCUAUAUUUUUUUGUUGCGCCAUAUUUUGGGUUGUAAAAUAAAAAGCUAAAGAAAUUAAAUUGAAAGUUUUGUUUGCCAA